GCAAAAGAAACGACCAAUAUCAUCCGUUUUUGAUCAAAAUAAAUUUGUUGAACCUGAUAAUGUUCAAAAAAAUAAUGAAUCUGCUUAUAAUAAUCCACAGGUUGACUCAGCCAUGAACAUAAACAAUGAAAGCAAGAUAUCUGAAUCAUGUGUUGAAGAACUCAAGGAUGAGAAUUAUGAGGAAAUAAAAUUUGAUCUUAAUGAUAUUUCAAUAGAAUUGCAACACGAGCCAGCAGUGAAAUGGGAAGUUGGUGAUAUUAACAUAACAGAUAGAUUUCGGAAUUAUCAAAAAGAUAUACUCAGGAAGACAGAACAAGAAGGUUUAGAUUACAAAAAUAUUUAUGAACCUCUAGCAUUAUCUUCAAUCAUUAUUCUCAGCUUGCCAUGUCCAUAUCCUAAGAUAUUUACAAAUCAAGAAUGGGCAGAAGUUAUAAAAUCAAAUCCAUAUACUAUUAAAAAUUCCCUUCAUGAAGCAACUUGUAACAAUUUCAUCAGUGAAGAUGUUUUUAUGAAUGGUGGAAAAAUGAAGCUAAGUAGAGAUGUAGCACACUCAUUCAAUGACUUAUAUAAUGGCUUAUCAAUGUCCCCAUCAAAAAUGAUGGAAAGAAUAACAGAAGAGUACAAACUUGUUCUGAACUGUGCUACAUCAGGGUCAAGAAAAAGGCCUGACCUUUCUUGCGUAGUUGACAAUAUCACAAUCCUCAACUCGGAAAUAAAACAUCUAAAAUGCACACCACUCCAGCAGAAAAAAGACACCGUGAAAGCACAAUUACAAGCCCGCAAUUCAAUUAAUAUGCAACUACAAAGAAAAGGUGGUCCAGCCAAAGCUGGUGAAUGGAUGGAAUCGUUUUUCAUGGACCUAAAGUAUGACAGAUUAUACUGUUCCUGGUUGUUUCUUAGAACAAAGCUAGUGGUUGAAAAGGCUUCAAUCCCAUUAGCAGAGUUUCCAAUUAGCCAUGUUAUUGCUUUGGAAGAACAUAUUGGAAAGCUUGCAGAGAACUACAAAUAUUGGAAUAGUCAAAAUAUUCAAAAGAAUCAAAAUGAUCAAACUACACCACCUAGAUCUUUCAUGUGUAAAUUUCCAAAUACGCCACAAGUAAAAUU